AUGGAUAUGGCAGCUUCGACAAAGCUACAAGCACCAUCUAUACCUCAGCCGAAUGACCCGGACAACUCAUCAGAGUAUGCCGAAGGCGAUAACACGACUCCCCCUAAGUCUGAGAAUAAACAUAGUAUAGGCUGGAGCCUCUCUAGGUGGAAGUGGGAGAUUAUGGGAAUGGCGCUUAGCUUCUCAUCCUUUGCGGCAUCUAUCACUCUCUUGGCUGUCUAUCAUGGCCGAAGAGUGGAUUCUUGGAAUGCCCCUUUCACCCUCAAUACUUUCAUUUCUAUACUGGCCCAAACAGCACGUACGUCACUGGCGUUUGGUGUUGGUUCGUGUCUCGGGCAAGCAAAAUGGAAUGUCUUCAGUACGCGCUCUGGCAACCUAGCGUUGUUUGAAGCUUUUGACGAAGCCAGCAAGGGACCAUGGGGAAGUCUGAGCCUUCUCUACCGUUUACGUUCAUGGAGUCUAGUUAUUGUAGGCGCCUCGGUGAUCACCUCGCUGCUCGGUUACGAGCCCUUUAUUCAGGCUAGCAUUACCCAGUAUGGCAAAUUGGACAAGGAGCCUACGAGCUCAGUGCCUCGGCCUUCUAUCAGCCAAGCUAGAAGACUUGACAUUGGAUCGCUCUCGUUCGACACUGUCUACUUCAAUAGGCGCGAUACUGCUCCCUAUCUUGUGUACGUACAAGGUGCUGAUUUAGGGCUCCUAACCUCAGUAUAUGAAGGACUCUCAGUUUCAAACAUGACAGUUGCGCUUCCCCAUUCUACAUGCCCUACGGGUAACUGUACUUACGGAAGUUUUGCAUCACUUGGUAUCUGCAGCUCCUGCGUUGAUGUAACAUCAUAUAUUGUAGCAGAUCGACAGCAAACCAUACCAGGUGAAACAGUGUACACUCUCCCAUGGAAACUCGACUCAAACUUCAGUCUCUCAACUUCCAGCUUGAUCAAGAAUCUGGGGUCUUGCAUAUUUACUUCUCAAGUGGAAAAGACGAUCUCAUUUAAUAACACAUUGAAUAGCACUACAUUUGCGGUAUUCGGAUUCUUACAACCCGCAUCCAACCAUACUUUUUAUCAGACUAAUACAUCUACAUUGGAAAACGUCGUUCCCAAAGCGACAGAAUGUGGGCUAUAUUAUUGCACGAAUGUCUAUUCGUCAACCAUCUUGGAGGGUACGCUGAACGAAACACUUGUUGCCUCUAUGUCUAAUCGCGAUAUGAGUUCCUAUGAGCCGUAUGAUCCUACUGUUGCCGCUCCUCAUACUUUGUACCAACAAUUUGACUACCCCCGGUCAGACCUCCAACUGUUCAUACCGGAGAAAGAAGCAAAGCAGCUAGGACUAACGGAUGACCACACAUUGCGAUUCAACAUAUCGCAAGCCACUAUUCAAUCGAUUUCAUAUUUGCUAGGACGUGAUAUCAGUGAAGAACCGUCUUUCAUCCCAGAUUCCACUGGUUCGGUUCUUGUUCAGUCCAUCGGAGCCUCCAAGGACUUGAACGCGAAAUUCCGCGCGAUAGCCGAGAGCAUGACCAUCUACCUUCGCGGCCAUGAUUACGAGGGCUCUGCACACUACGGAGUUUCCCAACGAUGGGUUCUCCACUACCGCAUUCGCUGGGAAUUUCUUCUCCCGCCAUUGAGCCUUACACUCGCUGGGUGCUUCUUCGUCAUGUAUACCAUAUGGGAGACCCAAUCGCUUGGAUUAAUGGCUUGGAAACAGAGCACUCUUGCUACCCUCGCCCAUGGGCUGGAUGCUUGGACGAGAGCCAGGAUGAGAGAAGCUUACCUUAAUAACACCGAGGACAAAUCGGCUAAAGAUAUAUCAGUUAAAGCUGAGAGGUUUCGGGGUGGUAUUGAGCUUUGUGAGGCUCCAUCAAGUGAUGCAUCGGAGGCUGCACCAUACAGGGACUCUCGAGUGGUGUAG